CUCCAUGUAUAAAAUGCCUCCCUUAACCCUCUCUUCCACCAGCCAUUUUUGCAAGUGUUUUGAUUUCAGACUGAGUUUGAGGUAACUACAUUUCAUUCCAUUUUUAUUUCCCAUCAUCAUAUCUUCCAUAUAUAGAGUGUCAUAAAAGCUAGUUUUUGUUUGUUUUUGCCUAUAGAUUUAGUAACUCCAAAAUACAUAUAUAUAAAAAGUAUGGAUGAAAUUGAGAUUCCUUCCCUUUUUCUUUGUCCGAUUUCCCUUCAACUAAUGAGAGAUCCUGUUACCAUCUCAACUGGAAUAACGUACGAUAGAGACAGUAUAGAGCAAUGGUUGUUUUCAUGCAAGAACAAGGUAUGUCCGGUAACGAAACAAGUGUUACACGAUUCAGAUCUAAUUCCAAAUCACACUCUUCGUCGUUUGAUCCAAGCAUGGUGCACAGUCAAUGCUUCCCAUGGAGUUGAAAGAAUCCCAACACCGAAGCCUCCCAUCGACAAAACCCAGAUCGCCAAGCUCCUUAAAGAUGCGAAAAAGUUCCCUGAGAUGCAAGUCAAAUGCCUUAAAAGGCUCAGAUCAAUCACCCUCGAAGGUGAAAGAAACAGAAGCUGCUUGGAAGCUGCUGGUGCAGUUGAAUUCCUUGUAUCAAUCAUCAAGACUUAUAAUUCUACGUUAUUACUUGAAACCGAAAGCAAUGAAGGGCCCGAAUUUUUAAAAGCCAGCGAUGAAGCGUUAAGCAUUCUUUAUCAUAUCAAGGUCUCGGAAAGCUGUCUAAAAAGUAUUAUUAGCAAUGAUUAUGAAUUUGUGGAGAGUUUAGUGCAAAUCCUGAGAAAUGAUAGCUACCAAUCUCGAGCAUACGCCACGAUGCUGUUGAAGGAUAUUUUUGAAGUUGCAGAUCCAAUCCAUUUGAUCAGCCUUACGCCCGAUUUCUUCACCGAAAUCGUGCACACAUUGCGUGAUCAGAUCUCGCAACAAGCCUCCAAGGCAGCAUUGAAACUCCUGGUGGAGCUUUGUCCAUGGGGAAGGAACAGGAUCAAAGCCGUGGAAGGAGGAGCCGUGUUCGUCUUGAUCGAGCUUCUUAUCGAAAGCUCCGACAAGAGAGCUUCGGAGCUGGCGAUGGUUGUUUUGGACCAGCUCUGUGGUUGCGCCGAAGGGAGGGCGGAGUUCUUGAACCACGGAGCGGGGCUAGCAAUGGUGUCGAAGAAAAUAUUCAGGGUUUCGCAUGUGGUAAGCGAGAGGGCAGUGAGGAUUCUGUCAUCGAUUUGCAGGUUUUCAGCAACAUCUAGGGUACUUCAAGAGAUGUUGCAAGUUGGGGUAGUGGCAAAGCUGUGUUUAGUGCUUCAACUUGAUAGUAGUUACAAGACCAAGGAAAAAGCAAGGGAGAUGUUGAAGUUGCACUCUAGGGUUUGGAGGAACCAUUCUUGUAUUCCAUCUCAUUUGUUGUCUUCUUAUCCAUCUUCUUGAGAUUGGCGCUCUGAUUUUUCUUUAUUAUUGCGUAUGUAGAUAUAUUGAAACAAGCAUGGGGGAAAUUAAAGCUGAUCUCCAUGCAACUAAUAUUGGAACCAUACAAAAAUAAUAGGCAUGAAAUAUUUGUCUAUACGUAGACACUUUCCAUGAGAAUUUUGUUAAUGGAGAUAUAUGUCCACGAAUUUUUGUUGAGAA